AUGCUCUAAUAAUCUCAAAACAUAGAUUACUUGUAUAUACCAACAAGUAAGAAUUUAUAAUCGCUUCUUAAAACCUCAACUUUUUGGAUAGCUGGUAACGUUCAAUCAACUUACUUAAUAAAGUCGCAAUUAGUCAAUCUAACAAAAAGUCAAAAUUAUGAAUUUGCAUUAUCUAAAGAAGGUUAAUUGAUCAAAUUUGGUCAUUAAAAAACUAAAUAUUGCAAUCUCUAUAACAAUCUAUACAUUCUAUCAUAUACUGAUAAAAGUUUUAUACUGACUUCUUAUGAUAGAGUGAAAGAAUAUCAUUGCACUGACCAAAAAUAAUUAAAAACUUGGAUUGAAUAUCUAAUAAAAUUUUGUAUUACAAGAGGCCAGAUUUAAACUAGAUUUAGAUUCUUAAGUCAAAUUAGUAAUGGAAAUUAUUCGAAAGUACUAUAUAUUAAAAAAAGGGUUAUCUCAUUGAGGACAAUAAGUAGAAGCAAUUUGUAUGUAAAACCUUUCAAAAAGUUGAUUUGAUUAAAGUUACUAAACUUAGAGAUUCUGUCAUUGGAGAAAUGUUGCUACUUAGACCAAUUGAUCAUCCUAAUGUAAUUAGAUUACUGGAAAUUCAUGAAGAUAAUAAAUAAAUUUAUUUGAUAUAUGAAUAUGCAAAGGGGGAAUUAUUUUAAGAAUUCUAAAAAAAGAAAUCAGAAUAGUCUUAAUUCAGUGAAUAAUAAAUUAGCAAUUUUAUGAAAUAGAUUUUUCAAGGUCUGAAAUACAUACAUUCCCUUAAUAUUAUGCAUAGAGACAUUAAAUUAGAAAAUAUAUUAGUAAAAGAUUCUUCUACUAUUUUGAUUGCUGAUUUUGGAUUGGCAGCCAAAAAAAUACCAAAAUUUGAAUAUAAAAAAUAUGGUACUCCUGGAUAUAUUGCACCAGAAGUUCUUAAUUUAAAAGUUUAUAAUGAAAAAAUUGAUAUUUUUAGUGCAGGAGUUGUUGCAUAUAUAUUGUUAACUCAAUAACCAUUAUUCUCAGGAAAUACAAUCAGUGCUAUUUUAAAUUAAAAUACAGCAGGAAAAAUUGAUUUUAAUAAUCCUAAAUUUAUAAGCCUUAGUAAAGAUGCUUAAUCAUUUUUAAAAACAGUUUUAUGUUUAGAAGAAAGUUAAAGACCAUCUGCAAAAGAUUGUUUAGAUUCUUCUUUUUUAUCACUGUAGAUUAUUAAUAAUGAAAUAGGGACUCCAUUAUAAUAAAAAAAAGAAGUAUUUAUUUAAAUUUAAUAAAUAGGUUAGAUUAAGUUAUUUAGGUUCUUCAGUAUUACCUGAAUAAAUCAAUCUUUCAAAAGCAAAAAGAAGAUCUAUGAGAUAAUAUAUUUUAUUGAAACAAGCAAUAAUUACUGAAAAAUAAAAAACAUAAAUGAUGUAAUAAAUAGCUGAACAAUAAUAAGGUGAUGAAGAAGAUUAAGAAAACUUAAUAGUAUAAGAAACAGUAAAAAAUGUAAAAAUAAUUUAUUUAAUUUAGAUAGCAGGUUCCUUUUAUACUGAGACAAAGAAUGGAUCGAAUAAUGAAUAAGUAUCUGAAAGUGAUUCGGGGGAAAGUAUGAAUGGAGAUUCUUCAGAAAGUGAUGAUGAUGCCAAUUUAUUUUUAGAGGAUGAUUCAUGUCAUAAUCUUUCCUCAAAACUUUCUCAACUAGGUGGUUUCGAAAUAAAAAUGAAAAGAUGA